AUAACUGUUCAGCUCUUCCCUUGGGGAGGAGUUUGACAGUUCCCAGUGCAAGGCUUCCUGAGGACCCCACUUGGCCUAACCCAGGCUCAGGGAGACAGACACCAGUCCAGGUCAGGUCCGUCCAGCCACAACUUCUGAUAAAGCCCAGACCUCAGGCUGAGGCAAGGUGGGCUGCACCAUCGUCCUCGGGCCAUUGGUCAGGGCGGUCUCCUCAGCUGGUACGGUGUGAAGAAGCCAGGCUGGCAGACCCAGGGCGCCGGGAGCAGCUCCUGGGGCCUCCGGAGUCCCGCCCUAAGGGCCCAGCGCGACCCGAGCGACCUUCCCGUUCCCGCCCCCGGACUCGGCCCGGUUGGCUGCAGGCCUCACCCGGGUGUGGCCGCCGCUGCUCCGCAGAGCCUCGCGACUAGGUGAGGAGGUUGAGAAUCAGAGAGAUUAAAAAAGAUGCUCAAAGACAAAACCAAAAAAAAAUAAACAACUGGGAACAAUGAAGUUCCUUUUCUUCAUGUUUGGCGUCAUUCACCUUUUAUCCCCAAGUUCUGGAAAAGCUAUAUACAAGAAUGGCAUUUCUCAGAGAACAUUUCAAGAAAUACAAAAAGAAGUAGCCAGCUAUGAAGAUGUUGCUAAAGCAAUUAUCAACCUUGCUGUUUACGGUAAAUACCAGAACCGGUCCUAUGAGCGUUUGGCACUUCUAGUUGAUACUGUCGGACCCAGACUGAGUGGCUCUAAGAACCUAGAGAAAGCCAUCCAAAUCAUGUACCAAAACCUACAGCAAGACGGUCUGGAGAAUGUCCACCUGGAGCCAGUCAAAAUACCCCACUGGGAGAGGGGAGAAGAAUCUGCAAUGAUGCUCCUGCCUAGAAUUCACAAGAUGGCGAUUUUGGGUCUUGGCAGCAGCGUUGGAACUCCCUCAGGAGGCAUUACAGCAGAAGUACUGGUAGUGACCUCUUUUGAUGAACUCCAGAGAAGAGCAUCAGAGGCAAAAGGGAAGAUAGUUGUUUACAACCAGCCUUACACCAGCUACAGGAUCACAGUGCAGUACCGUACACAGGGAGCUGUGGAAGCUGCCAAGGUGGGGGCUGUGGCAUCCCUCAUCCGAUCGGUAGCAUCCUUUUCCAUCUACAGUCCUCACACAGGUGUUCAGGAAUAUCAAGAUGGUGUGCCCAAGAUCCCGACAGCCUGUAUCACAGUGGAAGAUGCAGAAAUGAUGUCACGAAUGGCUUCUCGUGGGAACAAAAUUGUUGUUCAUCUGGAGAUGGGAGCAAAGACCUACCCAGAUGCUGAUUCCUUCAACACUGUAGCAGAGAUCACUGGGAGCAAGUAUCCAGAGCAAGUUGUACUGGUCAGUGGACAUCUGGACAGCUGGGAUGUUGGGCAGGGUGCCAUGGACGACGGUGGUGGAGCCUUCAUAUCAUGGGAAGCACUCUCACUUGUUAAAGAUCUUGGGCUGCGUCCAAAGAGAACACUGCGCUUGGUGCUCUGGACAGCUGAAGAACAAGGUGGAAUUGGUGCCUCCCAGUAUUAUGAGCGACAUAAGGUCAAUGUUUCCAACUACAGUCUGGUGAUGGAGUCUGACUCAGGAACCUUCUUACCCAUGGGGCUGGAGUUCACCGGCAGUGACAAGGCCAGGGCUAUUAUGAAGGAGGUCAUGAGCCUGCUGCAGCCCCUCAACAUCACCGACGUCUUUAGUGAUGGAGAAGGAACAGAUAUUAACUUCUGGAUCCAAGCUGGAGUGCCUGGAGCCAGUCUGCGAGAUGACUUAUACAAAUAUUUCUCCUUCCAUCAUUCCCACGGAGACACCAUGACUGUCAUGGAUCCAAAGCAGAUGAACGUUGCUGCUGCUGUCUGGGCUGUUGUAGCUUACGUUGUUGCAGACAUGGAGGAGAUGCUGCCCAGGUCCUGAGGAGAACAAGAAGAAAGGCCCUUGUCCUCGUUAGUUGGGGAUCCUGGCUUUGUGUCUUCAAGAUACCUAUCUUCACAAAACAAUGUUAUACACUUAAUCCACAGGGCACAGCUUUCUCCAUCCCUUCUGUUAAUCACCUUUUCUUGAUUCUUUCUUACCUGUUUCUAGAAUAAGGCAUGAUCCUCACUACUCACAGAUUCAACACACUGUGGGGAAUCACAAUUAAGUCAUUUAUUUAUACCACUUUGAAAAUAAACAAAUCUGUUUAAAGCCUCUGAUUUUGCAUAUUCAUUUAUAAACAUUAAAUUAAAUGUAAUGAGACCAAUUUUGUGGUUUAGAUUAUGGCAAAGAGUAAGAGAAUUACAGAAUCUUAAUAUUUGAAUUGACUACAUGAAGAGAUUUGACUGCCUAGUUUGUGCAUUUUAUAUUGCACAUUUUAGUGAAAUAUAGAAAUUUCAAAUUGGUUUAAAAAAAGAAAGAAAUAUAUCUGCACUUAGAAAACAACUCUGUAUACUCUAGGACCUUCUAAAGA